AUGAGUUACUGUGGCAGCUACAGUGGAGGUCUAGGCUAUGGCUAUGGUGGCCUAGGCUGUGGCUGUGGCUAUGGUUAUAGCUGCUACCACCCACUGUGCUAUAGAAGAUACUGGUCCUAUGGAUUCUACUGA